AUAAACGAAAUAUUUUAACCGACAAAGUGUCUUCAACCAUGCCUUGUGAGAACUUCAGGUGGCAGUCAUUGUAUAUUGAGGCAUCGACCUCAUCAAGGUUAAGCGAUGAAGAAGAUACGAAGAGACUGCUCCGUCAGUUGAGCUCCAUCAACCGUCCUCUGGAAGUCACCUUCCAGCAAAUGGUGAAUCUAAUGGCACAAUGCCAACAGGAAUGCGGUGUUUGGGUAGAAGGAGUAGAAGCUCAAGACGAGACGGGACGAGAGUUCAAUGGCUGGAGAGAAAAGAGUAGCAGUGCAGCGGCUAAAGCGCGGCUGGACGCAGGAGGAGCACACGCAGGGCUCCUGGGCGGCAGUCCGCUCACACUCCUCCAGGGCAUCAUACCUGGUACAAAAUGGUGCGGUACUGGGGAUAUAGCCGCCGAUUACCAUGACUUGGGCGCUGACAGGCUACUGGACCGCUGCUGUAGAACCCAUGACCUUUGCCCAACUAAAGUCAGAGCAUUCUCCAAACGCUACAACCUUAUUAAUAAUUCUUUAUACAGCAAAUCGCAUUGCACAUGCGACGACAUGUUAUUCGACUGUUUGAAAGCCACUAAUACAUCCGCCUCACAUCUAAUGGGCCAUAUUUAUUUUAACCUAGUUCAAGUCCCGUGCUUAGAAGACAUUCCAAACGGAAGACGGUUUAGGAACGCAAAAGAAGGUUUUUGAUAAUAGCUCGAUCUAUCGACAAGUAGUGAAAUCUUUUAACAGCGCCAUCUACAUACUGUGCAUUCAUAUUUAACAUAUUAUUUACUAUCAGUGCUUGUUCACGUCUUCACGUUAACUCGCGGACGUAAGGGCCGGCCCACUAUCGAGAUACCAAAUAGGUGACGUAUUAUUAAUAUAAAGACGUAAGGAAUGCAGGUGCAAUGGAAUGUAAGUAGCCGGCUCGCUGGGUAAUGGCACAUGCAGUGAGCUCACGACUGUAUUUGUUUACGUUAAACUAGAUUAAGACCGCUGGAUUCAAGCGUGGCACCCGUGGAGUUAAUAAGUACCUACAAUACUAACUCUAUGGGAACGCCAUAUUAGAUUGAACUUGUUGUUAAAUGCCUAGAUUAGGCAAACAUCCUGGCCUUUUGAACUUUCCAAGAGUAAGUAACGCGAUCGUCGCCGCCGCCGCGUCCUCGUCGAUACGUGUGAAACAAGCACUUAAAAUUAUUAACUGAAGCGUUUGUUAAUCAAGACCAUGUACAACUUUACUUCACGUUGUUUGCCUGUUUUACACAAAUAAAAACUAAAUUUCACAUUCCAGUAGGCUUAGUUGUAAAUAAAAUCCUUCGAUUUGUCAUGUACGGAAACUGUGAUAUUCUGUGCCUUCAAGAAAAACAUUGGAUGUUUUGGUGGCUCUCCAAAACGCGAAAAAUAAUAAUAUGAAAUAGUUUAAGAUAAUAUUUAUUUUAUUAGAAAAAAUAAUAAUUUUAUGUUUGACACAAACUUUUAAGACGAAAGAAUUUUGUAUUAAUUUAAAACUAUUCGUCAGAUAUUGUACCAAAUAUAAUUUAUUAAUGU